UCACUGAACUGCCAGCAGCUCCAGAUCAGCCCCCUGCAGAGCCCAGCAGUACUGAUGGUCCCCCAGGCAGAUCUGCAUCCCCUCAAACAGCCUCUGCUCUCACACUUCUCACCCCCCAUCUGUCUCUAGGUCUGUCCCAGCCGGACGUCCCAGCCAUGGGCAGAGCCCUGCUGCCACAGCACGACGCCGGGGAACGGGAACUCCCGCCUCAGGGCCCCCUCUGGAGAGCAGGGGGUCCUGCCACGCUGAGGGUCCUGAUCCUCGCCCUGCUCUGGAGGGGGUCCCUGUCCCAGCUGCUCGGAUUUACCCUGACGGUGCCGCAGUCGGUGUCGGUGCAGGAGGGUCUCUGCGUUCUCGUCCCCUGCAACUUCAAGUACCCAGCCUCGUAUGACACUAAGAAUUCCCCGGCCCGGCUCUACAGAUACUGGUACAAGGAUCCGGCCGAUGUGGGCCGGAAUCCGCCCGUGGCCAGCAGUGACCCCAGCCGGUUGGUGACGCAGGAGACCCAGGGCCGGUUCCGGCUGGCGGAGAAUCCAGCGCGCGGCGACUGCUCCGUGCAAAUCAGCGACGCCCGACAGACGGAUGCAGGGAGAUAUUUCCUUAGAGUCGAGGGAGACUUUAAAUACACUUACCGCACCAGUGCCGAUGGCACUGACCUUACGCUCACGAUCUCCGUGCCAGGGCUGACCGAGAAGCCAGAGAUCCAGAUCUCGCCAGCGCGGGGGCUGCCAGGGACACUGCUCGCCGGAGAGCCGGUGACUGUGACCUGCACGGCCCCUGGGCGCUGCUCCGGGACCCCUCCCCGAGUCACCUGGAUGGGGCCGUUCAGUGACACAGCCCGGAACGUCUCAGCCCAGCUGGCGAAUGGCACCUGGGCCCACAGCUCCGCGCUCAGCUUCACGCCUACCCCGGGGAAACACGGCAAAGAGCUCGUCUGCAGCGUCACCUACAGGCCUCCAUGGGGACCUUCCACCAGCAAAACCGUCCAGCUCCAUGUCGUCUACCCACCCGGGCCCCCCAACAUCACCGGGAACCUGACUACGAACGGACGCCCCGGGCCGGCCCCAUUGGGAACUGAGGGCGACAUUGUGUCUCUGGAGACCCAGGAAGGCGACUCCCUGAACCUGAGCUGUGAGGCUUCGAGCAGACCCGAGGCCACGCUGAGCUGGGCCAAGGGGAACGAGUCCCUGAGCCCUGGCCAGGGAGGGGCCGGGCAUCUGGAACUGCCGAAUCUCAGCCGAGGGGACGCUGGGGAGUAUCGGUGCUGGGCAAAGAAUUCCUAUGGGUCGGCCAGCCGGGCCCUGCGUGUGCACGUGCAGAAUCCCAGCACCACGGUGAGGAAUGGCUCACAGCUCACAGCCCGGGAGGGCGACUCCCUGCGGUUCCUCUGCUCUGUCGCCAGCAGCCCCCCCACUGCGCUGUGCUGGGUGAGGGGGGGCCGAGCCGUUGAGGGCGCCCACCCCGCGGGGGAGAAUCAGCUGCGGCUGGAGCUGCCCAACGUGACGGCCAAGGAUGGGGGGCUGUACGGCUGCUGGGCCAAGAACAUGGAGAGCUCUGCCCAGGGGACGUUCCAGCUGCUCAUCGAGUACAGCCCGCGGCCGGGGACCAGGCUGAACUCGUCCUGCCAGCACCAGGGGCCCAACAUCAGCUGCAGCUGCUCCCUGCGCUCCCACCCCCCACCCCGGCUCCAGUGGCAGGUGGACGGGGAGCCCCUGGCUGGGAACGGCUCACGGGGGGCCCUGCAGGUCAGCUCGUGGGACCAGGGGGACGAGGCCGUCAGCACCCUGAGCUGGACGGGGAUCUGGGACAGGGGCCCCCAGAUCUUCUGCCUCGGCUCCAACCCCCAUGGGACCUACGCCGCCCUGCACUUUGACUUCAGUCCCCCACGGAGAGGUGCAGAGGAGCCCAGUAAGCUACUGGGCGUCGGGGUGGCCUGUGGGCUGGGGGUCGCCAUCGGCUUCUUCCUUCUCGGGCUCUGUGUGAUCAAGCUGUGGGCCCAGGAGCUGGCGCCCCCCAGCGCUGAGGCUGGGGAGAUGGCUAACGGGAGCCAGGCCAAGCACACGGCCGAUGAGGCCAGCGUGAUCUACAGUAACGUCCCCACCAUCCCCAUGCAUCACAAGACUCCAGCUGCCCACCAGACCAAAGGCAUCCAGGACGGGGCUGCCACAGCCCAGGCCCCGCUAGGCCCCGGGGAGCCAGACGAGCUGCACUACGCUGCCAUCGACUUCUCCAAGCUGCAGCGCAAAGGGGCGGAGCCUCCGGAGGCCCCCGCCACGGAAUAUUCAGCGGUCCGGUGGAAAUAG